AUGGCCGAAGUCUUCCGAAAGUGUUGCCUUCUCAUUGUCCUCCUCGUAUCCGCAGGUUUGGUGAUAGAGAUACCUAAGGUGGAGGCAUUUUGUUCUGAAGGACUGGGGCUAUGUGGAAAGGGCAACGACUGCCAGCAAAGGUGUUCUGCGCGUCACGGUCCGGGCUCGCAGGGAUCAUGCGACUACACAAUCAACCCUCCGCUUUGCACUUGCUAUUACGAUUGCCCUGGGCCGCCGCCACCACCGAAAAUGUGCGAUGGAGGUGCGGGUUUGUGCAGCAAGGCGUGUACUGACCAGUGUUGCAGCGAUCGAUGUGCUACAAAGUUCAGUCACGGCCAAGGAUAUUGCGAUGACAGUGCCGGUCCUUGGCUGUGUCAAUGCCAAUACCCUUGCUAA